GUGGAGGGAGGUGAUAAGUGGAGUACAACCAAAGGGUUAUCGAAUAAAAUCAAUAUCACGGAGUUUAGGAAGUGAAAAAAUGGCAGGAUAAGAUAAAUCCCAAAGUUUUCCGCUGCCAGUGUGAUUUUAAUUUCUCUGGAGAGCGCCAUUGUGUUCCAGGUUCAGCAGCUGACAUCAGAGUAUCGCUAGCUGAGUGGAAGAUACAGUGAGGCAAAGUCUAGGAGUGUCAAACGGAAUACUGCCAAUUUAAAAGAAGAAGACCCUGGUCUGUAAAGGAGAGCUUCCUUAUAACUGGAUAAAUUAAUUCAUCUUCAAGGAGUGUGUCCUGACUAAAACAUCAACAUCAGCUGGAGGUCAACAAGGAAUGGAUAAAGUCCAUGAUACUGUAGCCUGGUAUCAGAAACAGAUCGGAUCAUACGACAAACAACUUUGGGAGCAGUCGGUGGAGUCACGGGUCUUACAGGGGAUACAGUCGGCCCCUAGAAGGAAUGUGAAGAUAAAAACAGAGCUGAUUGAUGUAGAUUUAGUCAGAGGCUCAACUUUUUCCAAAGCCAAGCCACAAGUAUCAUGGACUUACAUAGCUCACAAGGCGGUCUGCAGGGUUGUGUUUUAUCCCCUUUGUUAUCGAUGGUGGUGCCAGCAGGUGACCUUCAAGUUCUGGCUCUUCCUUCUGAUGUUAUACAUCCUCCAGGUCUUCACCAUCGUCAUCUUCAUCCGUAAUGUCGGCGAUCGUGUCACUAAAGACGAGCUGAGCCUGACCCUGGUUGUGAUCCCCACCAUCUUGAUGCUGCUCCUGGGGGUGGUUCAUUCUCAUACUGUUGCCUCCCACAUGUCACAUAGGCCACCGCACAGGGACGGCAAAAACAGAGAUGGAAAAAGAAGCAGAAGAAACACAUUUAGAAGUAACUCCACUCCAGCAAGUGGGGUCAGUGGGUCAGACCAGACAGGUCAAAGGUCAACUGAACCUAGCAAGGAGAGCGUUCUGAUUGCUAACGGUCGGGUGAAGGUUGAGGAUUCCUCCUCCUCCAUGAGUGACAAGAAAUCCUCCCUGGAGUCCAAGUCCGUCAGCUGGAGCCAUUGUGAUAGGAAGUCCCAAUCUAGUCAGAAACGAGUGUCCACUAAAUCUAGUCAGGAGAGCGACUCGGAGACUGAGAGAACAGGAAGGAGAGUCGAAGAGCUCCAAUCCAAGGGAGAUAACUCCUCCACGAGUCAGCAAUCCCAGGAACAAGAAGACAGUGCCAUGCAAGGAAUCCAUGCUAGUUCUAGUGCACUAGACAUAAUCUCUGCAGAUAGAGUAGCAAUGGAGAGUCUGGAAAACGACAUUAACUUUCAUCUGGAAGCACCUGCAGUCACAGAUGGACAAAUAUUUGUUCUGAACCAGGAUGGAGUCAUAGACUACAGAGUGACAGAACAUAAUCCAGACAUCAACAAAGAUAUGGAAGCCCCAAUAGAAAAAAGUCAGAUAGAGGAGAAGAAAGAUGUUCCGUUAAUGGAGAUCUCCAGUCCCGGCGACAUCAGGCCAGACUUGACGGAAUCAGACGAGACUCAAACAAAGAUGUCCAGUCUAGAGCUACCAUCACCUAACUAUCCCAAGGAUCUGAAGAAAGAAUCUGAGUCUGACUCUGAGAGAGCUGAGUCUGACUCCGAGAUCCGGACCUUCCAGGGACUGAGGCGACGGAAGACCCGUGUGGAGGAUAAUAGCUCAGAAUCGGGGGCGUCCUACUGCAGGCCUCGACGACUGACAAAAGACAACAAAGCAGGGCGCAAGGAAAGGGAGCUCACUCCAAGUCUGGAACGAGACGAUGGAAACAAGGGCACAGUGAGUUCUGAGGAAUGGGAAGAUCGCGUCCAAUCAGACGUCACAACUUCUACAUACUCCACCAGUUCCUCUGACAGUGAGCUCAGUGAGAACGAGAUGCAGGCAGAGUUAUCCGAGGGUUACAUAAACACGAACUCCGGAGCGAUUCCUCCUGACAGCCUGGAGAGAAAGAACAGCAGUCAACAUGUAAUCAAUCUACUGCAGCCUCCCACCAGCUGUUCUGGGUUAGGACACCCCAACCCUCCUGAUAAAGUGAGCUGCCUGAUCUGGGAGGGAAGCGAGGCUAAGAAGGUGGAACUGACCGGGAUAGACAUUGGGUGGACGAUCAUCGAGAAAGUGGACAACAUCCCGGAGAGUUCCGACUACAUUCUGAUUGGUCUGGUCUUCUCCCUCAUCAUCGGCUGUGUCCCGAUCGUGUUCAAGAUCUACCACACCAAGGACUUCUACAACCUCCUCAAUCUACAGGCCUGUGUCAAUCUACUCUGGAGUCUCAAUGCCGAAUCGUGGAGAUUUAACAUGGUUAUGGUGAAUGGAAUCCUACAGAGAUUCUGUCUGAGUUGUGUUUUCUUCUUUCUUCUGUCUGUAGCCGACCGGACAUUCAAACAAAGAUUGCUGUAUGCCAAACAUUUCUGUUACUUGACUUCCUCCAGAAGGGCUCGUAAAUUUGACAUGCCACAUUUUCGUCUGAACAAAGUCAGAAACAUUAAAACCUGGCUCUCUCUCAGAUCCUACUUAAAGAAACGUGGACCCCAGAGGUCAGUGGAUGUUAUCGUAUCCUCCUCCUUCACCACUACCAUCAUCAUCCUCACCCUUAUGUGUGUCCAGCUCCUGAAGGACACGGAGACUUUCCUGGAUUUCCUGUGUAACUGGGAGCUCCUGAUCUGGUGUAUGGCUCUCGGGAUCUACCUGAUGAGAUUCAUGACCCUCGGACUGAAGAUCAACAAAAAGUACCGCAACCUCUCCGUCCUGAUCACGGAGCAGAUCAACCUGUAUCUACAGAUGGAGCAGAAACCGCACAAGAAAGAGGAACUCAUGGUGGCCAAUAACGUCCUGAAACUGGCCGAGGACUUACUGAAGGAACUAGAAAGCCCAUUUAAGAUCUCGGGAGUCUCAGCCAAUCCCGUCCUUUAUAACAUUGUCAAGGUCGUCGUCCUGUCUGCCUUCUCCGCGGUCCUCACGGAAAUCUGUGGAUUCAAACUCAAACUUUACAAGAUCAAACUGAAGGGGUAAGCAUGUGAUUCCCUACCCAGGGGACUCUCAGUAAGGACCACAACACUAACAGCUGAUUGGUUGAUUGUCAUUCACACGUCCAAGGUUAAAGGUCGAAAUCCAGUACUAGAGAUCACAGUUCAAGGACAAAGGUGUAUGAUUAGUAAAAUGUUUUAUUUACAGAGGGAAUGAACCAGAAUGUUUAUUUGUGAAGAAAUUAACUUGCCCUUAAUUGAUUGUUGGAAUUUUUAUGAUGAAAUUAGAAACCCUUAAUUUUUAUCUUACCACAUUUUUGGAUUUUUAAACAGGCUAUAAAUAUACAUGUAUGUAGUAUGGUAUUUAUUUUGUUGGUAGUAAUCAUUGUUAAAAACAAAAAGCAGACAAGAAAUUGGAUGAUGAGUCUGUCUAUAAUCGACAUAAUUUUAUUCAGUUUUUAAUAUAUGUGCAUAAGUAUGGACUUACAUAUAUAUAUAUAUAUAUUUAUCAUCUUUUACUACAGAUACUUUGAACUUUUAAGUGUAUAUUUAUUAUUUGUUGUUAAUUUAGUGACACAUGAUUACUGUUGUAUAGAUAUUUUCCCAAACUGAUUAGAAUUCAUGUGGCCAGUUUUCAUUGCAAUAAUUUUUUCCUUUGCCAUAUUAUUAAUAUAGUUGAAUGUUUGCAUUUCUUGCCCCAUUAAUUUUGGGAUAAUCCAACUUUUCUUCAUCAAGGAUCCGUCACUUGUGACAGAGAAUUUACGGUUGUUAUUCCAUUGGUUAUCGUGUUUUUAUACAUAGUGUUAGAUAUGUUUUUAUGUGGGUAAGCUCAUGAUGUUCAUAUCCUUUAUGCCAUAUUUAAUGUAUAUUGAAAAGUGGAUAUACAAAAUAAUAUAAACUUUUAUGUCACAAUGCCAUGGAGAAUUUUGUACUUACUAUUUCUUUUUUUAUGUCUUCAUCCAUUAUUAAAUUUGCCAAAGAUUUAGACACUACUGUAAGUAAAAAUAAAACGCCUUAAUAAAAUUAUAAAAAUGUGUACUAUGUCAUCCAAAAGUUCCCUGUGUAUACAAUCUUCAUUGUAGUCACCGUUAACAGAAAAAAAUCACUUAAUUUUUUUUUUUUUUUUUAAAUGCAUUUGUGAAUUUAACAUCUUAAUUUGUAUAUUUCUUUGAACUUGCAUGAUUCUAAGUACUCUGAAGAUACUAGUAUACACUUACUAUUAUAAAGUCUUUGUGCAUGCUUUAUAUGAUUUUCACUUUUGCUUUAUUCUUUUUAUCUAUGAUUUAACUGAUUCCUAAUAUCAAGUUUAUGUUAUACAGUGUAAUUUCACUGUACAAGGGGUGACAAUCACACUGUAGGUUAUAUAACUAUAUUUCUGUUGAUAAUAAUUUUAAUACUGUAUACAAGGAAAUUUUUGCCUCGUUUUAUUUUCACCCUUUUGGCCCUACCCUCAUUUGGGCGAAUUUAAAAUGGGGCAAAUUCAAAGAAUACAGUAUAAUUUCUUACACAAAACUAUGACUGGGAGAAUUUUAGAAAAGGGUGAAAGGGUGAAAAUAAGGCGGGGCGAAAAUAACCAUGUAUACAGUACUUCUUACCUUAUCACCAAGUGGUAUGAAUCUCUGUUUCAUUGCAAGGAUUAUCUUUAUAACAGCCCCCUGUCCAUGCUGAGUACAAGUCUGUUUUUACAAGAUUAUAAUCUAUUUUAUCAUUCAUUCACGGUAUGAUUUUCAUAAUUAAUCUUACUGCAUAAUUGGAUUUUUUUUAUUUAUUAAGCUUUAUGUAAAAGAAAUUGUGAGUUACCUCAGAUUUGUUGGCUUGUUGAAACUAUAUUUAACUUAUAAAUGUUCAGGAAACAGAUUGAAUUCUUCAAGUAUGUUAAAAAAAUUAAAUGUAAAUAUUUACAUGUUUUCAUCUAUUUUUUCCUUCUCUCGCUCUCUUCAUUGUACAUGUAUUCAAUCCAUUCAUCUAAAUGACAUUUAAAAUGGUCACACUCACAGAUAUGUUUAUUAUGCUUUUGUUUCAGAUUAUAAAUGUUUCAUGUAUCACUUGACUAUAUGUUUUGUAACAAUAAAUACUUAAUAUAUCACACAUUAUCUGUAUGUAAUGUUUAUUUUUUGUAGAAUCUAGUUUUAUAGAUACAGACUUAAUACACAUUAUCUGUAUUUAAUGUUUAUUUUUGUAGAAUCUAGUUUUAUAGAUACAGACUUCAAGGUUUUGUGUUGCAUUUAAUAGUAUUUGUAUUGUCUUUUUUCUAAACAUACUGAGUUAUCUCCACAUAACUUACACCUUUCUCGUUUGAUUAUAGAUGUCAGUCACUCAUAAUAUUUGUCGGUCAUGUGAUGCCUGUGAAUUUUGUAGUUUCUGUUUAUUUAUAGUGCCAUAAGUAACUGUGUAUUCAAAGUAAACAGCAUGCUAUUAAACAUGUUAUAAAAGAUUGCACGGUAUAUAAUAAAUGACUUACGGCACACCAAGUACCAAAAAUGUUCACUGAGUGCAUUUAAUAUAUGACUUACGGCACACCAAGUACCAAAAAUGUUCAUUGAGUGCAUUUAGUUACAUUUUUACCGUUUGCUUGCUUAAGAAGGAUUUUUCUAAUAAUUAUAGUUGUAUUUUCUUAAAUCCUUUUAAAAUUGUCACAUUUAAUAUUUUUCUGACACAAAAUGUAUGUAGUUGGUAAAGAGUUGACAGGCAAAAGGCUUUAGAAUGCAAUAGUAUAAAGUGUACAGUUCAAUAGGAAAUAUAUGACCUUAAACUUAAAUUUUUUUGAAUUACAAAUCUUCUCUAGCCUGCAUUGUUUUUGUAAAAUGCUUUUUGAUGUGGAAUACCUUUUAAAUGGUCCUGACAUUUCAAGCCAAAUAAUAUAAACAUACAAAUGUGAAUGCUUUAAAGAAUUCACUCUGUAACUAUGUGUAGUUAGCAGCCAUUUAUCACAGACUCGAAACUAUAUAGAGAUUUUAUAGAAAUCAUAGUCCAUGUCAGUAUUUGUUUUAUUCCUUUUUGUCACAAGGACUGUAUUGUACUUGUUUUGUGUGUUGAAAAUAAAUGUUAUAUUUUGA